CCAGCUCCAAGCGUGGGGAGGGAUGCGGUCCCAUAAGGCGGGUGCGGAACGGCCCCCGGACGGGAAGCGGAGCGGAAAGUAUCGGCGGCCCCGCGGCGUCGCUGCCGUCAAUGGUUGAUGGUCCCCUGCUCAGCAGCACCGCAGGGAGAAGAUGGCUCAGCCCGCACACCUGAACCAGAACCUGCCAGAUCUCGGGGGCCCAUUCCUGUACAGGGACCAGGAUGACGGCGAGAAGAGCUCAUACUCAGUGGAAACCCCCUACGGGUUCCUCCUGGACCUGGAUUUCCUGAAAUAUGUUGAUGACAUCGAAAGCGGCCAAACGCUCCGGAAGGUGCCAUUGCCACGCAGGGCCAAAGGGACGCGGCCGCAGCCCGGAUCACUGCGCAGCCCCAGCAGCCACCCCAGUGGCUGGACCUCCACUGAGUCCCUGGCCUCCACAAUCAGUGAGGAUGGAAGGAGCGCGAUGCUGCUGUCCCCGUAUGGCCGGGUGGUCCCAGAGGCCCCUGGCAAACAAACCUCGCUCCCCACGUCCCCACCGCCCGCGGUGCGGCUGCUCCCACCUCCUGCCCGCAAGUGCCUGGCACGAAACCCGCAGGUGGAGAAGACCCUGUUGGAGACCAGCAAGAGGCUGGAGCAGGAGCAGAGCCGCUCGCAGCCGGGCGCCCCGAGCCAGGUGCACCCAUGGGGGCCGGCGGGGUCUGAGGGUCAGCCGGGCUCCGUGCGGAUGAGCCCCGGCAGCUCAGGGCGCAGCACUCCGGCUGCAGGGCUCGGGACGGCCCCACUGCAGCACGUGAGGGAGCAGAUGGCCGCGGCCCUGCGGCAACUGCGGGAGCUGGAGGAGCAGGUGAAAACCAUCCCGCUGCUGGAGAUGCAGAUCUGUGAGCUGCAGCGGGAGAAGGCGAAGCUGAUGGAGAAGCUGUCGGUGGAGCCCAGCAAGGUGUUGUCGGAUCAUCCUGAUGGGAGUGAGGAGCAUCAAACAGAGCUGGAGGGUGAAGUGGAGCCAGCGAAGGGACGAGCGAGCAAGAUAGCGGAGCUGAGGAAGCUGACGGAGAAGCUGGCUGUGCCAGAGCGGGGCAAAGCCAUGGCAGGCAGGCCCAGGGCUGCAGAGAGGCAGUGCCGCUCCGUGGCGGUGGGCGAGGAGCGCUCCAUGAGCGAUGCUGUCUUCUACUACCGAUCUCAGCGGGACGGCAGCGAUGUGCUGGAUGGGAAGGAGCGCCGGGAUGUGGCCGUGUGGGUGCUGGAGUCCUCGCUGGGUCUGGCCCCGGAGGCAGAGAGGGAGCUGGAGCUGCUGCAGCAGACGGUGGGGCACCAGAAGGACGUGAUCGCCCUGAUGGAGGGGCACCUGCAGGAGGCCACGCGCGAGCUGGAGGAGCUGCGCAUGGAGGUGUGUGCCCGGCAGCCCCGCAGCUGCGUGGACAAGGAGGUGACGGCCCGGCCGCAGGUGGCCGAGGUGCUGGUGGAGGCGGCGGUGGCCACACAGAGCCGGGCAGCUGGAGACAGCGUGGAGAUGGCGGACGUGGCCGUGGGCUGUGCCCCGCAGACCGCCUGCAUUGGGGUCAGCUGCCGGCCCCACGGGCAGGACGUGGCUGUGGGGCCUGAUGCGGCUGUGGGCCGUGAAGACAAAGGCAGCCAGGCUGAUGUGGGCCCCGCCGACAUGGACCCCAUCAGCACAGCCCCCCUCUACACGGGCCCUGCUGACUCCAGCCCUGAUGACACGGGGCCCCCCAGAGCAGGUCCUGUUGAUACAGGCACUGCCGACCCACAUCGCACCAGCACAGACCCCACAGAUCCAGGCCCCGCCGUCCCACUGUGUGAGCAGGUGGAGCCCCGUGUGUGCGAUGCCGGAUGCCAGCAGCCCCCCCUGGGCAGCCCCAGUGCCCCCACAGCACAGCGUGCAGCAGGGCUGGAAGCAAUGGGGGCUGCCACGCAUCCCACAGCCCUCUCAGCAGAGGUGGAAGAUGUCAGCCAGGUGCCGGCACAGGAUGGCAGAGCAGCCCCCAGCCCUGCAGCCAGAGCCCUGAAAUCCAUCAUGAAGAAGCGGGACGGACCUCCUCGGAGCGAGGCUGAGGGCAGCAAGAAGAGCCUGCAGUUUGUGGGCGUGCUGAACGGGGAGUACGAGAGCACAUCCAGUGAGGAGGAGGAGGAGGAGGAAGGAGACAGCUCCUCCGAGAAGGCUUCAGCUGACAGCUCUGACAGUGAGGAGCUGGGGGGCACCAACGACACAUCGGAGGAGGAAGAAGAGGAAGAAGCUGUGGGUGGGGAUGGACAGAACGAGCUGAGCGGGCAGCAGGAGGGGGAGGGGACCAGCACGGCCCCCCCAGAGCCCCCCGAGGUGAAGGAGAAGUUCGAGCUGAGCCCCAGGAUGCGGGAGGCCUGCCUCAUUGUCAAGACCCACCUGGGCCACCCCACAGCCACCAAGAGCAAGGAGGCGCUCGCCAGCAGCAGCCUGGUCCUGCAGGAGUGGUUCCGUCUGUCCAGCCAGAAGUCGUCCGUCCCUGACACGGUUGCCAACCACCUCCUGGCCUUUGCCGAGCUCUCCCCAGCCCUCCUGACUCACGUGGUCAACCUGGCCGAUGGGAAUGGCAACACAGCCCUGCACUACAGCGUCUCCCACUCCAACUUCCACAUUGUGAAGCUGCUGCUGGACACAGGGGUCUGCAAUGUGGACCACCAGAACAAAGCUGGUUACACAGCCCUCAUGCUGGCGGCCCUGGCAGCUGUGGAGCAGGAGGAUGACAUGAAUGUGGUCAGGAGGCUCUUCAGCAUGGGCAACGUCAAUGCCAAGGCCAGCCAGGCCGGUCAGACAGCGCUGAUGUUGGCCGUCAGCCACGGGCGGCAGGAGAUGGUGGAAGCCCUGCUGGGCUGCGGGGCUGAUGUGAACCUGCAGGAUGAGGAAGGCUCAACUGCUCUCAUGUGUGCCUGCGAGCACGGCCGCGUCGAGACCGUCAAGCUGCUGCUGGCUCAGCCCACCUGCGACGUCUCCAUUGUGGACAGUGAUGGUAACAACGCCGUCACCAUCGCGUUGGAGGCAGGACACAGCAACAUUGCAGUGCUGCUGUACGCCCACCUCAAUGGGACAAAGGCGCAGCCACAGCAGGGGACAUCAGCAGCGGGCACCAAGAGCACGGCCAGCCCAAAGAAGCCAAAUUAGAACGACCUUUGGAUCCAGCUGUGCCAACUGGGCAUCACCAGAGCCAGGCUCUCACUUGUGUCCCUUCUCCUGCUGCUCCUUCACGUGCUGAGUCGCCCCCUGAGGCUGCAGAUGUUUCCCACCUCAUUGACAGCAGGCAGACCCUGCACAGGAAGCGUCCCAUGGUGGGGGGCACCGCGGGGCUGUGGGAGGGCGAGCGGCAGCAGCAGGAGGGGGGACGUGGAGCAGCUGACUCACGGCCACAGCAGCAUUUCCAGACUGAAAUAUGCGCUCAUCUUCCCUGGCAUUUCCUUUCCCAACGGAACCCUGGCUCUUCUCUAACACACGCACACCGAAGAAAAAUUUAUAUAUAUAUACUAAACAAUAUAUAUAUAUACAUAUAUAUAUAUAUAAAAGUUGAACAUCAAAUCACUCAAUGUUUUGAUUCUCUUAAUGGGAGCCAAAACUUCUGAGUGCUCAGGGCUGCAGCCGAGCGGACAGAAGGGAGAUGAGAACCACAGCUGCAUUUAGGGACUGACUGCCCAGCCUGCGCCAGGAGCCACAGGGAUGAAAGUCACUCCACAAGCAUUUCCCAUUUUAAAAGUCCCACGGCCACCGACCAUCGGGGGCUGUCACUGCCCACAGCUCGGCCUCCCCGAGGGGAGGAGCGUGGCUGCUGGCUCCAGAAAUAGAGCAAGAAGAGCUCAGAGACAGCCCAGGGCCUGCAGAGAUGGACGUGUAUGUAGGAACGUGUGUCUGUGCAAGUGUGCGUGCACCAGGCAGGGUGGGAGCAGACGAGGUAAGGAUGAGGACCGGCAGCAAACAGAACAAGGCUUUUGCAUGUGAAGCAGGCCCUGAAUCACCAAGGUAAGCGAUGCUGCAGCCCCCACUGCUGCCCCUUGGCUCCUCUUCCUCCACUGACGCUCACGAGGUCUGAGCCAUCUCACCAGCUGCAGCUGCCAGGAGCUGCUCUGGGCAGCAAGUCACUGCGCUCACCCCGUUCCAGCUUUGCACUGAAGUUACUACACGACGCUUCCAGCCACCCCCAGUACCGCUCUGUAUGUACUCCAUACUCACCGCUUUUGUUUCACGUCUGUUUACUGACAUUUUUAUACUGAUGUUUAUUUUUAAGACAAAUAAAACUGAACCUUAUUUUGAAAUAUUACAGCCACCA